AGCCGUUGGCUCAACGCCCGCGCGGCGGCCCCCCCGAACGGGGAGACCGAUGUGGAGGCGCUUACAGCUUGCAUGGUGCCUCUUGAGUCUCAGCCCAGUGGCCUCCACCGGCGCAGUGUCUGGACCACGUGCCCUGUGUUUGCCGACGGCGGUCAGCGCGGACCUUCGCAAGAACCUGACCAAUGCGGAGGGAGAGUCCUUUCCAGUCGGGAUGGUGGUGCAAGCAUGGGCUUCUGCUGAGUUGGUGAGUGCACUCAUGGAAAUCCUCAUCAGUGAAAUGCUGGGGUACCAUGUGCGCGUAGACCCGACAGCAGCGGUGGAUGGCGCAGCGGGUAUCCAUGCGGUGCUAGGCUGUCGGACCUGGAUGAAUGAGAAGGAUCGCGGUUGCGACACACGUCAAGUGACGAAUCAUCUCCUGGUCGAGAGCUGGUGGUUAGGCUGGACGCACGUGGUCGAAGACUUGACAGAGAUCUACAAGGCUGAGAUGCCUGUCAGUGGAGGAGAGAUGGGAUACGAUGGUGAUGAAGGAAUUUUUGUGCCUCAGCGUGCAAUGCAAGCAGGGCAAGCUGAAGGCAUUGCUUUGGACUUCUAUAAGAGUUACAAUGCUAGUUGGCACAAGCCGUGGAGAUUUUUCAUGAACAUCACAGUCAUGAACCUCACGGACGAUUUCAUGCCCUGCGUGGACACCAUGCUUGUGAACAAUGCAACUGGCUACUACUACUGGAAACUCACGGGUGACGACGAUGGCGUUGUCAUCACGGGACAAGAGUAUGCCGCCUUCUGCGAGAAUGGCUACACUUGGAUGUCUCCUUCGUGCAGGAAUUGGCCAUCUAGCUGUGUGAUCUACCUGACGGGGGGCAAUGGCUGGGGCGUGUUGCAAGGCAUGCAACGAGCUGCUGUCUUCAACAUUCCGCUGGGAAUCGCUGUUGCUCGCUCCUGGAGCAAGUACGUGGCGUUGCCUUCUGCUUAUACGACCUUGCUGAAUUGGUGGACGCCGGAUGAUUCCUUUCUGGAGUUGAAUCCGACUCCGUUGAUCUUUCCUCGGCGGAGUGAGCUCGCGCACCUCCAACAGGAUCUCACCUCUGCCAUGGAGGCGGUGCACCUCACUAAGCUGAUCAGCCACGAUUUGGAAUUCAUGGCGCCUGGGGUGGUGCAGUUUCUGCGGCAGAGCCAGAUUUAUCUGAGCGAAGUGAACGACCUGAUGCGAGCCCGAAAGGCUGGUCAUUCGAUCCACGAGGCGGCUUGUGAGUGGCUGAGAAGCCACGAGACACGCUGGCGUCCUUGGAUUCCGGAUCCCACCGCAUGUGCACGUGGCUAUGGUCUUCAUGAUGAGUAUUUGGGUGAGUUCACCUCGUCUCGACCAAAUGCCACCGGCUGCAAGGCGUGCCUUCCGGGCACGUAUUCGGACUCCUUUCAAGACGAUCAAGGUAGGAGCUAUGUCUGCACCCCCUGCCCAGCUGGCACGGAGCAGCCGGCUGCCGGAGAAGUGGUUUGCAAGAAUUGUCCUGUGGGAACUUUCAAGGCUGUGCAAUCCAGUGAUCAGUGCACACCAUGCCCGAAGGGCUUCUACCAAAACCACACUGGAGCACAGACGUGCAAAGAAUGCCCACAAGGGACGACUACACUCUUGCUAGGGGCAAAGAGAGGCUCCGAAUGCGUUUGCCGAGCAGGUUCCAUUGACUUAUCUUCUGCUGAAUCGGAAGUUGCUCAUUGUGCGGCCUGCCCUGAUGGAUUGACUUGCCCAGACGGCAGCACGAUGAAUCUGCUCCAGUCAGGCGACCAAACUGGAAGUAAGGCUGAUCAAGUGCCUGGAAUCGCAGCUGGAUUUUUCAGCUGGCCGGCAGAACCUCUCAAGGUCUUCAAAUGUCGCACGGCAAGAUGCCCUGGUGGAAGCCCAGGAACUUGCCAAGGGGGAGCCCUAGGUCCCACAUGUGCUGCAUGCUCUGAUGGAGAGUACUGGGAAAAUGGCCAAUGCUCGGUCUGCCAGGUGUCUUUGAAGGCGUUCUGGUACUGCUUGCCCAUUCUAGUGAUUGCACUCUUGGUCGCUGCUUACUACAUGGUGGAGACACACUACUUGGCCCUGCCCUCGCUGGCCGAAUGCUCGCGCAUGGGCUUCGAGAUGAUGCUGAACUUCGUGCAAAACAUCGGCGUCCUGAGUCUGGUGAUCGUUCCGUGGCCGGAGGGCCUGAAGGAACUCUUCGAGUUCUCGGAGGUCUUUGUGCUAAGUCUUCAGUCUUAUGGUCUCAAUUGCACCUCUAGCAGUGACUUGAACCAGUACCUGGUCGCUGCGGGACUCUUCCUGAGCUUUGCUGCAGUUGCACCCUGCUUGGGCUAUCUCUCACAGUGGGUGCCGUGCUUGCGGCGCAGGGAUUUAAGCUGGAGCUUCUACAGGACCAUUUGCACGAUAGGCAAGAUCUAUCAAUCUCUCUUCGUGACCAUGUGCAGUAUUGGCCUCUCUCCUUUCAUGUGCUACCUUCAUCCAAAUGGAUUGCAUAGCAUGUUGAAAUACCCCAACAUGCUUUGCGGCAGCAUUGAGCAUGGGAUCAUGAGAAUGGCUGGGGUUGCUGUAUUGACCUUGAGUGCCAGCCACUUCGUCCUUUGCUGCUGGGCUUGCUAUCAAGCACCCUCUUGGUCCAGGAAGAGGCCAGAUCGGCUCACCAGUGUGGGAUUUCUCAUCCUGAACUUUCGACCAUCUUCUUGGUGGUACAGCUUGAUCAUACUACUUCGAGGACUUUUCAUCUCCGUGGGACAAGUCAUCGCGCCCGACGCACAAGGGGUGCAGCUGCUGGUGAUGAGUUUGAUCAUGAUUGUUUCUCUUAGCCUUCAGCUCUAUGUGCUCCCUUGGAAAGCCCCACUGCUCAACCUCGUCGAUGCUGUUUCCACAGUCUUGUUCCUGACCUUGUUGGCAGUGGCCCUACACUUGUCACCCGUGGACUCACAAUCCUUCUUGGAUGCCUUUGGAUCCAUCAUCUUCUUCUUCAGUCUCGCACUCAUUACUUCUUUGGGCUGCCUCAUGAUGGGCAUGUUAGCCCUACAACGGUGUUGUCGGACAGAAGGAUCGCACAUCCGAUUGCUGAACCUGGGGACGCCCUUCCGUCCGGCCGACCUGCUCAUGCUUUUGGACUCCAUGUGCGCCAAUUUAAUGCGGAAGCACGAAGUCGAGCGUCAGACGCUGUUGAGGAAGAUGUCGAGUGGAUUGUCUCUCUAUGACAUUCAUGCAGUCGAGAGUGCUUUGAAGGUCUUGUGCGUGGAUUUUGAGCUGCUUGCGGAUGAGUCUGUAAGGGAAAGUCGGAUUGUGGGCGAGCGGAUCAGUCGGAUGAAGAGAAGGACGCUGCUCCUCCACAGCCUCUCGGAGGAUGGCUUUCUGCGCUUGCAGACGGUCGAGCGCCUGACUGCGGAGAGCGAUCUCGAUCGCUCGCAGGACGAGGGCGGACCCGAAGGCUGCGGAGGAACCGAAGGCUGCUUCUAGAUUUCUGGCUGCCUAUCAGUUCGAAGAGACCAGCUCUUGCUUGCUGCCUUGCCUUGCCUUGCUUGGCCGUGCUUGGCUUGGUUGCGCAAAGACGUUUCGGGGCGCAUAGUUGGCACAUGUAGAGGGUGUGUGGCAUAGGUUUUUCACCAUCCGGCUGCACGAAAUGGCUAUGUUGAUUAUGUUGACUCCUUUUCCACGCGCGCAGUGUCUGCGCGGUUUGCCCGCUUCGUUUAGGUUUAAAAGCUGUUCUUGAACCCGGAAGACUCACUCCAUCAUGAUGGUUAUUGCAUGCUGAUUCUGCAACAUAGGGUGGGGCUGGCGGGGUGAGCCCAUCUGAAGCCACAGUGGAUUUGCGCUAUUACAUAUCAUUUUUUGCCUAAACUCGGUGGGAUGCUCGGUCGCCCGGCGAAAGAUGUAGCCGGAAUUUCCAGGUUUUUCACGCCUGUAACGACACGCCUGUAGCAUGCAGGUGCAAAAAAGGCAGCAGAUCUUGGGGGGGCUUCGGGGGGUGAGAUUAGAUCUUCGCUGCGGCGCGAUAUGGGACGCAGUGUUGGAUGUUGUUGCUGAUCAUAAAGCCACAAAAGAAGAACAUUUGGCCAUGACACAAGAAUUCGAUGGACAUGCCUCUUGAGUCGUUGAACUUAAGUGGUUUUGAUAGAGUUCGGGUCUCUCAGUCUCUUCUCUUUUGUCCAAUCAAUUCCACACGGAGUUGUUUCAUUUUUCGCGAGGAUGAGAACUUCAAGCAGGCUGAAGAUUCGCAUGAAGUCCGGCCAAAGGAUGCAGCCUUUCAAGACCUGGUUCGUCAGACCUUUUCGUUUUGAUGGCGAAGAACCAACAUCCUGUGCCCCUUUUUCAGGGUCAGCUUGACCCUUUUCAUGUGCGGUCUCGCCUCAAAAAGCCGAGCACGAGCUUGAAAAAGCUGGGAUUUUUCACGAUGCCGAACUGCGUCGCACGUCGGACGGCAUCGGGCCAAUGCAACUUGUGCAGAAGACUCCACCCCAAAGGGGUGCUGUUGGGGCUUUGUGAUCGGAAAAAA